CCCAAACAGAGCACCGCUUCCGCCUUUCCCGGUUUCCCCUCCCCCAGCGCACCGCAGUAACGCCGCCGCCGCCGCUUCUACCAGCGCCGUGCGCCGUCCCCCAUGUGGUCUCCACCGACCCCGCUCGCGCGCCUCUCCCCCUUAUCGCGCUGGCCCCCAAAUGGCGCACGACCGGAUCCUCCUUUGCCGGCGAAUCGGAGGGGAGCCGAUGAAGCUCCUGAAUCCAGCUUUGUCAGCCGAUGGAGCUCACCGCGUCCACAUCUCCACCGGUGGCCGGAGCAGACGAGUCCGCAAGGACGGACGGGUUCUUGUCUUCCCCAGAUUCUGGUUCUGCAGCGGCAGAAGCAAACGACUAGUUUAUUUUCUCGUAGAGCUUUAGUACUUUCCUUGGCAGGUAAUCUAGCGAUUACUCAACUAAUCACCGGUAAAGCGAGGCCGGCCAGUGCCUUUUUCCCUUCAAAGAGGAAGAGCUUACAAUACGGUAAUGGGCUCGGCAAGAAUGACGAUUCUUCAGCAGCCUCUGAUAUAAUGGUCCUGGGGGGCACAAGUGAUCAAGUUGCUGCUCAACCACAACCACAGGUGAUCAAUUUCUCUGAUGGAUACUUAGCGAGCUAGUUAGGAUUGGGAGUCCUGCUGCUCUUCUGCAAUAAGCCUCCCUUGUGUCUUCUUCUGCCAUUGAGGUGAACCUCUCUUACAUGUUUAUUUAGGAUCUACAUUAAUUGUAAAUUAGGUGCUCUACAAAACAGCAAACUGCACAUGUUCCCUUUGUUUUGGAUCAAAAAUAUGCUGAAUUAAAGUAGUGGAGUAUUUUCUGCAUCUGCAAAUAAUAUAGAAUUGUACAGCAUAAGGGAAAUGCCUCAUAUCUUCUUGAGAAGAUGUAUUACAAGUAGGGCCCUUAUCAACAUGAACGCCCUGUUCGGAGUCGCGCCGCUCCACAACCCCGCUCCCGGAGCGGGCGGAGCUGCAGUUUCCUUGCUCUGCAGAUUCCGGGAGUCGGUGGAUUGCCCAACAGGGCCGAAAUAUUUGGUUGAAGCGUUGUAGGAGAAUUACUAGCUUAACACAUCAGUCGAGCACAAGUGAUUCACAUGAUUAGUUCUAUUGUUCCUAAGAAAUAUGUGGUAGGUUAUAUGGAGCUCUCUGAUGUUGUCGUCAUUCUCACCUACCUUAAAUAGAGAUUUAAAAUAUCAAUAAGAAAUUGUCUAGACGGUUUGUUUUGCAGGUCGAGAUUGAAAUAGUGCAGAUUACGUUGAAUGGUCAUUAGGUUGGUUAAGUAUAUGGGCAAUUUACUAGUUCAAUUCGACUGUCAUGUUGGCUGUAAUAUUGUCUUCAUGGUUGCGUGUGUACUUCUUUUGAAGGAAAUAUACGUUUGUACUCUAAUUUGUUUGUAAUAUGAUGAUUCUUGUGUGCAUUCAGUGGUCACUGAUGGCCGGAGUGGUGCGCCUAUGGAACGAUUGGGAGGUCCAAAUCCUAGUGCUUGCUAGCUUCAUGCUGCAAGUGUUCCUGCUCAUGUUCGCCAGGAUGCGACGACGGAACAUCUCCAUCAUCCCAAGGACCCUCCUCUGGCUAGCAUACCUGCUGGCAGACUCCAUAGCGAUAUACAUCCUCGGCCACAUGUCCUUCUAUGGAAAGUCCCACGGGCACCAACAACUCAUGGCGUUCUGGGCGCCAUUCUUGCUGGUGCACCUCGGUGGCCAGGACAACAUCACCGCCUACUCCAUAGAAGACAGCCAGCUCUGGCUGCGCCACCUGCUCUCUUUUGUUGUUCAGACAGUGGGAGUGGCUUAUGUCCUCUACAAGUAUGUCGCUGGCAGCUGGACCUUGGUCACAGCCGCGACGCUGAUAUUUGUCGCCGGUGUUCUCAAGUAUGGGGAGAGAGUAUGGGCGCUCAAGUCGUCCAGCCUGGAGAACAUGAUUAGUUUCCUCGACAGCAGGAAGUUAAGUGAGGCUAAACGAGAACAGCGUGCACAGUGGGGCCAAGGGGAGAGGUUGGAUCAUGAAGAGGUUCUUCAGGGAGCUCAUGACCUGCUCCCCAUUUGCAUGGCUCAAUUUGUGGACUAUAAGUUCUGGCCAUCCCAAUUCCAGAGUAAAGCUGUAGAGCUAUUCGAUAACAAGGGCCAAAUGUUUGAAUUGGUUGAGAAGCAGCUAUCCUUGAUGUAUGAUUUCCUAUAUACCAAGGCAGUGGUGGUCUUCACAUGGUCUGGAUGCUCCAUCCGUGCCAUUUCAUUAGUUGCCAGCAUCACCACUUCCUUCCUAUUUCAAUCAAGCAUUGGCAAAAAUGACUUCAACAGAGGUGAUGUCAUUGUCACAUACAUCUUAAUAGCUGGGGCUGUCCUCCUAGAGAUGACAGCAUUGUUGAAGGCAAUGGGAUCAACAUGGACAUGCACAUUGUUGCAUGCUGGAAGAUGGCACUGGCUUCACAGAAUAAUCGUAUCUGUGCGGCGGCGUGUCAAGGCUGCGGAAAGGAAUAGAAGAUGGUCAGGUUCCAUUGGACACCCUGAGUUGCUGAACUCGUCCCAUGGCAGUGGAGGCUGUGUGCAGAGCUUGAGAUGCAAAGGUUUGUGGAAGAAGCUAGGCCAGUCCUUACCUGUCAUUUCAGAUGAUACUAAGAAGCUGGUGUUGGAAGAGGUACGAAGAAUGGUGGAGGCAUGUGAAGGCAAAGAGGAUAUCAUGAGGAGUUACAGUGGUCAGUGCGUGCUGAAUCCAUGGCACGGAAUUUUCAAGGAUCCCACCUCGCACGCUGGCAUUGAUUUUGAUGACAAAAUCCUUUCCUGGUACUUUGCCACCAAAAUGUUCUUCUCACAGUCCUCUAAUGUGGAAGAGCGAGAUGAUGUUAUGGAGGCAGUCAGGGCAGUGUCUAACUACAUGAUUUUCCUCCUUGCUGAACGUCCAUACAUGCUUCCUAGCCCUGUUCGCCCGGGAUUGUAUGCCUAUACUGAAGCAGCAUACGUGGGGCUACAUUUUUCUGACAUGGAACACCUCAGCAGAAGGAGGGAGCUGGACAGAAGAAGAAGAAUGUGGGAUUUGGACACAAGAAGGGACGGGGAUGAGCUACACGGAGUAAGGGGGAAGCUCGACAUAAUAAGGGAGGACCUGGACGUGAUAAGAGAGCAUCUGGUCAGAAAAAGGAAUGAUCUGGGCACUAAAAGGUACAAUAGAGCGGAACUGUAUGUUGCAAUGGAGGCCCUGGAUAGAAGUUCAGCGGAGCUGAACAGGAGAUGGGAGGAGCUGGACGAUUUAAGCUUAGAGGUGGGCACUAGAAGGGAUAAGUUGGAGGCGCUAGACAGAAGAAGUGAGAAGCUAGACAAAAGAAGGGAGGAGCUGGACAGAAGAAGCAAGCAGCCUCCAACUCUUGCUAGAGGGACGAUGCUGGAUGAUCUAGAGGAGCUGAACAGAAGAAGGGAGGAGCUGGACAAGAGGAGGGCUGAAGUUGACGGUAGAAGGAAUGAGAACCUGGACGUGGACCUAGAGGAGCUGAAGAGAACAAUGAAAAAACUGGAGGAGCUGGACAGAAGAGUGCAUCUCGGACCUCCACCUUCCUUGGUCCAUGGAGCGGAGCUUGCUGUUUGGCUGCUAGAGGCAGAGAAGGCGCGGGGCAAGCAGGAGGUGCGGCGGGUGCUACUUGGGGUGUGGGUGGAGAUGAUGUGCUAUGCGGCCCACCGCUGCACUAGGGAUUCCCACGCCAAGCAGCUCAACAGUGGUGGUGAGUUCAUUACCGUCGUCUGGCUUCUGUCCACUGCCAUGUUCAAUCGCCGGUACUGUGACGAGGAUUGGUUUAAGAAUGGCGUGUGGGAGUUCUUCAGGCCACCAUUCCAUGUUGAGGAGGAGCAUAAGGACGGUUGCUUUUGUGUGAUAUUCUACGUGUGUGUACUACUUCCGGUCCUUCCGUAUAUCCUAUACAAGUAUAAAGAGUGGUCGUUCCCCCAAUUUUUUAGACCAUCAAGAGGGGCCAGGCCCCCCCCCAUCGACCGGCCUCCCCCAAUAAUGUGUGAGGUUGCCGGGACUAGCACAACAGCAAUUUGAUUCUACUAAUUUGUUUUACCUUAACUAGGUAAAUUUCCCGUGCGUUGCUUAGGAUAAAUAUUAGUAUAGGUUAUGUAUAGCAGUUAUGUGGACUUGUAUGUGGGUUUUUUUUUCAUUAAUUAAGAUGAUGUGUGGCGGUUUAUUUGCCAACU